AUGCCAUUACAUCUAGCGUCUUUUGACGGAAGCGCCGAGGUGGUUGAAUAUUUAGUAAAGAAAGGAGCUAAAAUUAGUGAAUCGAACAAGGACGGGAGAAAACCAAUACAUUUCGCAGUUUUGGCUGGGUCUUUCAAAGUUGUUGAGUACUUACUGAAUUGUGGAAAAGAAAAAGCCGGCAUAAAUGCAAAAGACAAUAAUGGGAGAACCCCGCUUUAUGAAGCAAUUUCUAUGAACUUUCUCAAAAUUGCAAACUACUUGGUUGACCAAGGAGCAGACACCAACGAAACAGAUAAUGACAAAAAAACACCAUUACAUAUCGCAGCUGAAAAUGGUGGAAUGGAAAUGGUACAGUGCUUGCUAGGUGGAGGAGCUAAUGUCAAUGCUAAAGAUAAAAACGAUGUGAUUCUUUAA